AUGGAACCAAAGAAUAUGUCUGAUCAAUUAAUGGUAGAUGAUGACUCGGAUGUCGAAGUGAUCGACUCGUCCGACGACGAAGAAGACUCAAAGAGAGACAAGAAGCAAGACACUGUAUCAUUAAAAGAGUUGAGCUUGAUGCGAGAAAAGGGAUGGAUGUCUGAUCCACGUCUCGGAUCAUUGUUGGAUGCCAAGCCAGGUCGCAACUCGUUCAAGGACGACAAGUCAUCACCAUGGUUUGAAGAACGUCAAGUCAUUGCCGUACUGAUCCGUGCUCGUGUCACUCUUCGUGAACUCAUGCAAAGAAAAUAUAACGACGAUCGAUUAAAGUCAGGCAACUUGAGAGUAUGCGAAAUUCAAGACCUACUCAACAAACAAAAAGAAGAUACAGAGACUGAUUGGAUCGCCGAGAUUCAAGAGUUAAAGAGAAACAUGAUUGCUGAAAUUCGUCGUAAUCAUCUAUUAGAAAGAGAUCUUAUUAAAUUAGAUAAACGUAUUGCUUUAUUAAUUAAACAUAGAUCAAAUAUUAAAGAAUUAUUAUUAGAACAAGCAAAGAAAGCAAAAAAGAAAAAAGGAGAUGAACAUGGUGAUACAGUAUCAUUGGAUAGUAAACAAUUGGAAUCAUACCAAAACCUUUUCUAUUUGUUGCAAACUGAACCACAUUACCUUGCCAAACUCGUCACACUUGUUCAAUCAGAUCAAAUGGAUAUAUUUUUAGAUACCGUCAUAUUAACACUCUUUGGUGAUGCUUUUUCCCCAAGAGAAGAAUAUCUUAUUCUUAGUCUUUUCAAGUUGGCAAUUGAACAAGAAAUGUCAUCAAUUAAAUCAGCAGUUGAUUUAAUAUCAGUAGAUUCAGUUGUACCAAAGAUGAUUAUUACUUAUACACGUCGUAAACAAGGACACGAAUUUUUAAAGCAAAUCAUAGCACCCAUUUUGGAGAAUUAUGUCAUUAAUGUACCAGACCUCAACCUCGAGUUGAAUCCAGUGCAAGUGUACCAAAACAUGAUCAGCGAGAUUGAAAUUCAGACGGGUAGCAAGAGUACACUCAAUAGAGGACUUGCCGAGGAACAGAUCAUCCAACUCAAAGAGGUGCAAGACAUUUUGGCACCACGUGUCGAAAAGUGUAUUUCCAUCUGCGAACGUUUCUUUACUGGUAUUGUAGAGUCACUCAAUCGUUUGCCAUAUGGUAUUCGUUGGAUUUGCAAGCAAAUCAAAAACAUCUCUGAAAAGAGUUUUGGCAGCAAGCCAGAAGAGAUUGCAAAGGUCAUUGGUUACUUUGUCUAUUACCGUUUUAUGAAUUUGGCCAUUGUUACACCAGACGCUUUUGAAAUUAUCAACAAGGAGUUGUCGAUGAUUUCAAGAAAGAAUCUUGUCAAUAUUGCAAAGGUGUUGCAGUACUUGUUUACAUUAAAGACUUUCCAAAACCAAGGUGGUGAACGUUGGAUGCAACCCCUCAACACUUGGAUCCUCAGCAAGACUGAUAUUGUCAAGCAGUACUUUGAAGAUCUCGUUCAAGUGACUGAUCCAUCGGAAUACUUGCGUGUCGACAAGUACAAUGAACUUACCCUAAAGUUGCAUCCAGUCGUUGUCAUCUCACUCGGUGAAAUUAGUCAGACUCAUCGUUUGUUGCUCUCUAAUUUAUCGUCACUCAAGCAAAAGGAAAAGGAAGACCCACUCGAGUUGAUCCUCAAGUCGUUGCCACCCGCCCCCAUCAAUGUGUCGGAAGAGAAUGACCGUGAAAUCCAACUCACCCUCACCAACCGUUUCAAGGAGCAUAUGGAGCGCGAGAUUUCCACAUCGGCAUCGUUGCUCGCCGAGACCAAGGAACUCGUACUCAACGUCUUGCGUUCCAUCCCACAACAAGCACUCAAAGACGACAAGGACGACUUUGUCGCUGUAUUAAAGUCGGCCGCCCAACAUGGCCACCAGACAUCCAACCAUCAACUCGUCCUAAACUCUGAAAAGAUCCUCGAAAAUCUCAAAAAGAUGGAGGCUGAAGGUUCAGUGUCUUCAGUCAACCAAUACGAAGGCUUUAUCCGUAUCAUUGCCAUGGAAGUGAUCAAUCGUCAAGAGAUUCGUGAGCACCAACGUAAAGAACGUAUGCGUCUCACCAUUGCCCUCAGAGACUUGCGUAAGCAUCAGUCCUAUCUCAACGAACAAAUUCAACAUUACACUUCCUAUCUCAAGGAUGUCCUCCUUCAUUACACUUCCAAGGAUGGAAAGAAAAAAUCCAAGCCAGUCAAGAUGGCCUACAAGGAACUCAGCAAAAAGGGUAUCAUUGUCGAGUCGGAAAUUCCAAAAGCUUCACAUGGCUCGACCAACUUUUACAUUUCUUCUGAUACUCCAGGUAUCUUCGAUAUAGAAGCCAAGAUUGGAAUUAUGCCAGUUGGCUCUGUUAAUCUCGAACUCGAUGAUCUCUUGGAAAAAGCUGCUGCUGGUAUCCCUCACUUGAAAUUGGAUAACAUUGUACUAGAUUGUCUCAAUCAUCAAGCACCCUCGAGAUGGGUUGAUAUUUCUACUAGAAGUACUUCUAAUAGGCAUCAAGCACUCUCCUCAAGGGAUGGGUGUAUGACGUUCAACUUAUCCUCAUCUCCCUCCUCCUCUUCCUCCUCCUUCCAACCUAUCAACAUUGGGGUUUACAACAAUAAAGGGAUGGGUAGGGUUUACAACAAUAAGGAGAUGGGUGGUAUACGUAGCAUCCUUCAAAUUAUCUCCUCGCAUGCCCUAUCAACAACAGAGGGUUGGGUGAAUAAAGAGAUGGGUGUAUACGAAGCAUCCUUCAACUUAUCCUCCUAUUCUACAACAACAAUAACAACAUAUUAUACAUAUUAUAAAAAAAGAUGUCCUAGAAAUCAUCAUGUCGUUCUCAGAGGUGACCAACGUGAGAACGCCAAUUACAAGGUUAUAUGA